GAGUGUUUUUUAGUUUUCCCACAGAUGACGAAGUUUUUUUAAUAAGUUUUUUUCAACUAAAUAAUUAAGUAAUUAAAGUGUGUUUGAUGUGAAAAUAAAAUUUGUAUAUGAUCGUGAUUACUUUUUGUGUUCUUUAUUAAACAAAAAACAAAAAUAUUAAUAAAAAACAAUUUGAACGAGAUUUUAUUUUGCAACAAAUUCAACUGAAACAAACGUAUAAUUUUUACCGCAAUAUUUUUAAACACAAACCAACUUUUUCUAUAACGAACGACAAAUGCUCUAAGCAUUUUGAAUUACAAAAAUAUACACAUUUAUUUUUGGAUUUUCCUAUAAGGACAUCAAUACAACACUAAGUGAAAAGUGCCUUUUAUUAUUAUAAAGGGAAGAAGAACAAGAAAAUCGUCUGCCUUCGAAUUAUUUAUUAUAGUACCAAGACGACCAAUACAACCACCACCACCAACACUACCACUCUCAUUAUUAUCUUCAUCAUCAUCAAAGCUACUUUUUCUAUACAACGAAUAUUUUCAAAGAGUAUUUAACGACGAACCAGAAGAACUAGAUAAAUUACUAGAAGAAGCAAAAAACCAAGACGACCAAAUACUAAAGAAGAGAAAUAAAAAUGUCAACAUUAUCGUUACGUAUACAAUUGGAGGGUGGACGUGUAACGAAAACCAUACAAUUUCAUCCCAAUACAACAAUAUUCGAUGCUUGCAAAAUAAUCAGAGAUAAAUUUGCUGAAGCUGUUCAGGGACAACCUAGUGAAUAUGGCCUUUUUAUGCCAGAUGAACAGACUCAACAAGGUGUUUGGAUGGAAAAUGGCCGCACCUUGAGCUAUUAUAUUUUACACAAUCAGGAUACACUGGAAUAUCGUCGUAAAUUGCGUACUCUUAGAGUUCGCAUGUUGGAUGGUGCUGUUAAAACCAUUUUAGUAGAUGAUUCACAACCAGUCUCCCAACUGAUGAUUGUGAUUUGCACAAAAAUCGGUAUUACCAAUCAUGACGAAUACGGUUUGGUACGCGAAGAUACCGAAUCGCAAAAUGAAAAUUUGCCCGAUAAUAAAUUUGGAACCUUGACUUUGAGACGAAAAAUUAUGGAAAAGGAUCGUGAUACCAAAAUGGAAAGUUUGCGUAAAAAAUUAAAAACCGAUGAUGAAAUAAACUGGGUUGAUGUGGGUAAAACUUUGCGCGAACAAGGUAUUGACGAAUCCGAAACUGUACUGCUGCGUCGUCGAUUUUUCUUUUCCGAUCAAAAUAUUGAUUCACGUGAUCCCGUACAACUGAAUUUGUUAUAUGUUCAAGCACGUGAUGCUAUUUUGGAUGGCACACAUCCGGUUACGCAAGAAAAAGCUUGUGAAUUUGCUGGCAUACAGACCCAUAUACAAUUUGGUCCUCACAAUGAAUCUAAACACAAGCCUGGAUUCUUAGAUUUAAAAGACUUUUUACCACAAUCAUAUGUGCGUGUUAAAGGUAUCGAAAAGAAAAUCUUUGCCGAACACAAAAAACAUGUUGAUCUCUCCGAAAUUGAUGCUAAGGUCUUGUACACCAAAACCGCCCGCGAACUGCCCACUUAUGGUGUAACCUUCUUUUUGGUCAAAGAAAAAAUGAAUGGUAAAAAUAAACUAGUACCACGUCUAUUGGGUGUAACUAAAGAUUCCGUUUUACGUUUGGAUGAACGUACUAAGGAAAUUUUAGUUUCAUGGCCUUUGACCACUGUUAGACGUUGGGGUGCUUCACCCAAUACAUUUACACUUGAUUUUGGUGAUUAUGCCAAUCAGUAUUAUUCGGUGCAGACCACAGAAGCUGAACAAAUUGUUCAGUUGAUUGCUGGCUACAUAGAUAUUAUAUUGAAAAAGAAACAGACCAAGGAUCAUUUUGGCAUUGAGGGUGAUGAGGGAUCAACUAUGGUCGAAGAAUCUGUGGCACCUUCCAAAGCUACGUUUUUGCAACAUGAAACGAAUAAAAUCGGAAAAAUUAACACAGAAUCGUUGGCUCAUCCUGGCAUGAUGAGAGCUGAUGAUGGCGAAAAAUUGUAUACUCAAGGCGAAUUACAAACAGUGCAAUAUGGCGCAUUUGUUGGGCAAGUUAACCAUGCCCAUCAACCGCCCACGUCUAAGGAAGUACGUAUUAGUUCUGUGAAUCUGACGGAACCACAAAGAGCUCUAUUGAGUUACAUCUCAGCCGGUCAAGAAAUAUUAGUUCGUGCUGAUGAAGAGCUAAGAACUAAGGCUCCCAUCCAAGAUUUUGGUAAUGAUUUACGUUCCAUUGAAUGGCGAGAAAAUACUCUCGAUACUUCCAAGCAAGCUGUUACUAGUCAUGUGGCUACCAUGAGUGCUGCCACUGCACAAAUCAUUACCGCCACUCAACAACCUGAUGAGGUAGAUACUGAAGCCAUUUCGGCCUCGGUUUCUCAAAUCGCCCAAACUAUUCCUGAAGUUACAAAGGAAGUACGUUUAAUAGCGGCUCUAAUGGAAGACGAUACCAAUGGUGAUAAACUAUUGGAAGCUGCUCGCAAUUUAUGUACUGCCUUUAGUGAUUUGUUGAAAGCAGCCGAACCAGAAAGCAAAGAACCACCACAAAAUCUUAUCAAUGCUGCUAGUCGUGUGGGUGAAGCCACCACUUAUGUGCUUAGUACCAUUGCCGAAGAAGAGGUACCUGAAAAUCGUGACUUACAAGACAUGCUCUUGGGAUUGGCCAAGGCUGUGGCUAAUACUACUGCUGCUUUGGUAUUGCGUGCCAAAUCCAUUGCUGCCAGUUGUGAAGAUGAUGAAUCACGUAAUCGUGUCAUAGGAGCGGCUAGUCAAUGUGCUCUGGCCACAAGCCAGUUAGUAGCAUGCGCCAAGGUCGUAGCUCCCACUUUACAUAAUGCCGCCUGUCGUGAGCAAUUAGAGGGCGCCGCCAGAAAUGUUGCCCGUGCUGUUAACAGUUUAUGUGAGGUAUGCAAUGAAGCCACUAAUGAUCCCAAGUUAAAGAAUGACUUGCUGGCAGCAGCUCGUGAUGUGUCCAAGAGUUUGAGUGACAUGUUGGAACAUGUCAAGUUGAGUUCACGCGAAUACGCCAAUCGCAGUAGCCAAGAAAUGAGUCCCGUUGAAAACGUUAUUAUUGGUACAGAUAUUCUAGUGUCUUCCAAUGAUCCUCAAGAGAUGGUAAGACAUGCUAAGACCUUAGGCCAAGCCACCGCCCAACUUAUACAAAGCAUUAAGGGAGAAGCUGAUCAACAACAAGAUGCUGAUAUGCAAAGACGUCUUCUCUCAGCAGCCAAACAAUUGGCUGAUGCUACUGCAAAAUUGGUAGAAGCUGCACGUUUGUGUUCUAGCAAUCCCCAUGAUACCGAAAAUCAAAAUGCCUUGCGUAAAGCUGCCGAAGAAUUGCGCGAAAUUACUACCAGCACUGCCAAUACUCCUGCUAUUAAACGCAAUUUAAUUAGACGCUUGGAAUACUGUUCGAAACAGGCUGCUUCAGCUGCUACGCAAUGCAUAAGUGCCGCUCAAAAUGCUGUUCAACAUAGUGAUGAUCAUCAAACCAAGGAAUCCCUAUUACAGGACUGCAAAAGAGCUGCAGAUACUAUCCCGCGUUUGGUAACUGCUGUGAAAACAACACGUAGCCAUCCAGACGACUACAAUGCUCAAUUCAAUUUAAUUGAGGCAGCUGAACAAUUUAUUGAACCCGCCAUCCAGGUGUCCCGUUCAGCCCGUGCUCUACAACCCACUGUUACAGAUAUUCCAGCAGCUUCACAGUUGUCCAAGAGUGCUUUGUACUUGGGACAAACUGUUUCUGAACUCAAUUCAGCUGCGCAAAGAGCAAGAGAAGCAUGUGGUGGUCAAGAAUUAGAAUCUGCUUUGGAGGCAGUACGCAAUUUACAUAAUGUCUUAGACGACACACGCAAUGCUGCCCAGUCGGGUGCUUUAAGACCUUUGCCGGGAGAGACCGUAGAAAAUACAGCCGAACAAUUACGUAAAUCUGCUAAGAAUGUGGGAAUUGCUUUGAGUCGUAUGAUUUCUUCGGUUCUACAAGGACAACGCAUGUAUGCAGGCAUUGCUGGUAGAGAUACUGCUCUAGCAUUGGGUGAUUUCACAAAGAGUGUUCAUGGUGUGGCUGCCACUACUAACAACGCCCAAGUCAUUGAUUGUGCUGAUGAUGUAGUGUUGAGUUCGGCUCGCCUUAUCGAAGAGGCCCAAAAAACUUUACAAAAUGUGGGAGAUCCAAGCGCUUUGACUCAGGCUGGACGUGACGUGACCGAAGCACUUUCGAAAACAGUCGAUUGCAUUCCCGGACAGCGUGAAGUUGAUCAAGCCUUACGUAAUGUCAGCGAGUUAAGUGAAAUUCUCUCGAUGAGUGAAUUCCCACCAUCCAAUCGUAGCUACAACACUUUGCAAGGAGAACUGAAGCAAGUUUCCGAAAAUCUAAGUUCGGCUGGUGGACAAAUCGUACAGUCUUAUGCCAGUCCUGCCCAAUUGGCAGAAUCAAGUGGCAACUUUGCAACCAAUUAUCGUGAUUUACUCUCGGUAUCCAUGGAAAUGGCUGGUCAAAAUCCCGAUGAAGUUGUACGCUCUGAAAUGAUUGAUUGUCUACGCAAUGUUUCCACACAAUCCUGUUCACUACUUUCCACAGCCAAGUCCGUUGCAGCCGAUCCUGGUCAACCCAAUUCUAAAAAUCUUUUACAUGCCGCUGCUCGCAGUGUAACCGAAAGUAUCAACAAGUUGGUCGAUGCCAGUAUUCAAUCUGCUCCUGGUCAAAAGGAGUGUGACAAUGCAACACGCAACAUUGAAGCCCUAAGAGUUCUUUUGGACUAUCCCCACGAGCCCGUUAAUGAUCAAGGUUAUUUCGAUUGCGUCGAAUCGGCUACUGCCAAGUCACGUAAUUUGGGUUAUGCCUUCUCUGAAAUGAUUACUAAUGCCAAGCAAUCCAAUCAUGCAGAAUUUGCCAAAUCCGUUAACAACGUUUCUGAUUCCAUUCACGGACUCAUUGAAUCAUCGGCCCAAGCUGCUUACUUAAUCGGUGUUUCUCAUCCUAGCAGUAUAGCUGGACGUCCUGGUAUUAUCGAUCAAGCUCAAUUAACCUGGGCUUAUCAAGGUAUUCGUCAACAUUGCGAUGUUGUCAGCAGUCCGCAUUCAACGAAACAACAAAAGAUUUCGGCUCUUACUGUUAUUGCCAAACACACUAGUUAUUUGUGUUCCAUCUGCCGUCAGGCUAGCAUGAACACCAAUAAUCCAGUAGCCAAGAAUGAAUUUAUCGUAUUGGCCAAACAAGUUGCCACCGCUACCUCAAACCUUGUACAAGAAAUCAAGGCUAUUGAAGACGAUCCAGCUCAACCCUCUAGAGCUCGUUUAGUUGAACCUCUAUUGGAAGCUGUCAAGGCAGUACGUCAAUACGCCUCCAGUCCUGAAUUCAUUUCAAUUCCCGCAAAAAUCUCCGCCGAAGGUAAAAAGGCCCAGGAACCUGUUUUAAAUGCUGGCAGAGGAGUAAUUGAUGGUGUUAUAGAAAUGGUAAAGGCUGCUAAAUCUUUAGCUCUGUCCCCCGACGAUCCUCCAGUAUGGCAAAAGCUAUCGAAUGCGUCUACUCCAGUUUCCGAAUCUGUUAAACGCUUAGUCGAUAACAUACGCGAAAAGGCUCCAGGUCAAGCACAAUGCGAUCAAGUUUUACAAACAUUGGGCACAUGCAUGCGUGAAUUGGACAGCUGCGCCAUGGCUGUAAAUGCUCAAGGUUUAUCACAGCGUCGCGACAACAAUCUACAUGGUUUUUCAGGUCAAACAUUAAAUUCUGCCGCCGAACUUUUGGAUAAAUUAGAACCAAUUCGUUUGGCUGGCAAAAACAAUGCUGAGCAAUUGGGGCAUGCUGUGGGAGAAAUUUCUCGCUAUGUAGUGCCCAUGGUUAAUGGAGGCAUUGGUGCCUGUACACACAUCGUUCACACCAAUCAACAAAUGAGUCUAAUAAAUCAAACAAAGUCUGUUGUGGAAAGUGCCCAAAACUUGGUUCAGGCUGCUAAGGAAUCAGCUGGUAAUCCCAAGGCCCUCCAUGCUCAUCCCAGACUCGAUGAAGCCAUUGAAAAUACCCGUGAAGCCAUACAAGAACUUAACCAAACUGUAGAGAAGAUUAAUGCCGAAACCGGUAUUGUAACCGGUCUCAUGGAGCAAGUAAACCGUGCCAUCACACGUUUAACAGACAAACGUCAAUCGCUAUUGAACGCUUCCUAUUCCGAUACUUUUGUGGACUAUCAAACACGUAUGGUUCAAACCGCUAAGGAAAUCGCUAGAUUGGCAAAUGAAACCAAUGCCAAAUCCUCAGUAGAACCACAACUUAUGCCUCAAUUGGCGGUUGAAAUGGCUAAACAAUAUACCCAGCUAACACAAGAUUCUGUAGGAGCUUCUACUACCACCACUUCACCAGAUGUGGCCAUGCGCAUUAGAAACACUGUUAUUGAUUUGGGACGUUCUGUUAGUUCAAUGAUUCAAACCAGUGCAGGCGGUGCGCGUGUUGGAGACUCGGCCCAUCAAAAUGAAAUAUCUCGCAAUGCCCGCGAAGUUUCUGAGAAAGUAGCACAAGUUUUGGCUGCCUUGCAAGCAGGUUCUCGUGGUACUCAGGCCUGCAUCAAUGCCGCCCACACCAUCUCAGGCAUUAUUGGUGAUUUAGACACUACAAUUAUGUUUGCCACUGCUGGUACAUUGCAUUCGGAUAGCUCGAGCAGCUUUGCCGACCACCGUGAGCAUAUUUUGCAAACAGCUAAAGCUUUGGUAGAAGACACUAAAGUUUUAGUCACAGGAGCUGCUGGUACACAAGAUCAGUUGGCAAAUGCUGCACAAAAUGCCGUCACAACAAUAGUGCAAUUGGCUGAAGCUGUUAAACAUGGAGCCUGUUCUUUGGGUUCUACCCAACCAGAUUCGCAAGUCAUGGUCAUUAAUGCUGUCAAAGAUGUGGCCUCUGCUUUGGGCGACCUUAUCAAUGCCACUAAAUUGGCUUCCGGCAAACCCAUUAAUGAUCCCUCUAUGCAAGACCUUAAAGAAAGUGCCAGGGUAAUGGUUUUGAAUGUUUCGUCACUAUUGAAAACCGUCAAAGCUGUGGAGGAUGAACACACACGUGGUACAAGGGCCAUGGAAUCCACUGUUGAAGCCAUAUCACAAGAAAUUAGAGCUAUGCACUCACCACCACCAGCCGGCAGUGCUCAAGUAGGUCCUGAGGAUUUGAUACGUGUCACAAAGAGUGUUACUUUGGCCACAGCUAAGGCUGUUGCUGCUGGUGCUUCCAAUUUGCAAGAAGACAUUAUGACGGCUGCAAAUUUGGGUAGACGUUCGAUAUCGGAAAUGUUGUUGGUCUGUCGUUCGGUGGCCUGGAAUUGUGCUGAAACCGAUGAUUUAAGACAACGGACUUUGGAGGCUGGUGCUGCGGUAGGUGAAUCCUAUCGUGAACUACUCAAUGGCAUUUUACACAACUGUUCGGCUGAUGAUCGUAUGCAUUUAUCAAGACGUGUUGCAAAAUGUGUAACAGAUAUGGUAGCUAUGGCACGUCUUCUAAAGGGAUCCGAUUGGAUUGAUCCUGAAGAUCCUACAGUAAUAGCAGAAAAUGAACUAUUAGGUGCUGCUGCUUCCAUCGAUGCGGCUGCUAAAAAAUUGGCUUCCCUACGUCCUAGACGUAAUGAUGAUGUUAAGAUUGAACUUGAUCAAAACAUGAAGUUCGAUGAAAUGAUUUUGGAAGCUGCUAAAGGUAUUAUGGCUGCCUCGUCUGCCUUGGUAAGAGCUGCCAAUGCUGCCCAACGAGAACUUAUUGAUCAAGGCAAAGUAGCUAAACGUCCCUUAACCUCCUCCGAUGAUGGCCAAUGGUCUGAAGGUUUAAUAUCUGCUGCACGUUUAGUUGCAGCUGCUACCCACAGUCUAGUGGAAGCGGCUCAGAAUUUGGUCAGAGGAGUGGGCACCGAAGAAAUGUUAAUAUCAACUGCUAAACAAGUGGCUGCUUCCACUGCCCAAUUGCUUAUUGCUUGUAAGGUCAAAUCGAAUCCCAACUCUGAGGCAGGUCGCCGUUUACAAGCAGCUGGUAAUGCUGUCAUCAAAUCCACCGAUAAUUUGGUUAGAGCUGCCCAACAGGGUCUGGAAGUUGAAGAGGAGCGUACUUUGAAAAUUAACACCUCCAUGGUAGAUGGUAUGGCCCAAGAAAUCAAUGCUCGUUCGGAUGUUUUGCGUAUGGAGAAACAACUUGAAGAAGCCCGCCAAAAACUCGUACUAAUUCGCAAAGUGCGUCAAAAGAAUGUUCAAGGUCUCACCACCGAUGAAAGUGAUUCGGAAUAUGCUCAAUCUGCUUAUGGAACUCUUAACAAGAGUCACAACAAUACACUUAAUCGUUCGGGCUUCUAUGGUCAAAUGGAGGCACCUGCAUCACCAAGUUAUAUGAGUCAACAGCAACAACAACAAUCGAAACAUCAUUACAAUUAUGCCACAAAUCCACAACACUUCCAUCAUCCAGGUGCCGUCUCCCCACCACCCAUGAAUCACAGCCAGUUGGACAAUGAUACAACUGCCUUCCCACCACCUCCUCCUCCCUUGUCUACUACUAUUUCUAAUAUGCAAACCGCCACUCAUACCUUUAGAUCUAAUCCCAAACUAACCGCCAAUGCCGUACCACGUCCCUAUCCCGGCAGUCCGGUGACAGCCAGUGGUACUAACGGUGGUGGUCGUCUCUCACAACCCAGUAGUCCUCUAACACCUACUAAUAAAUAUUCACAGAACUUUGAACAAUCUGCAUCACUAAAAUCCACUGUCACUUCUCAACAACAGCAUACAGCCGGCUCCUCGAACCUCAAUCAUCAGGUCAAUCGUAAUUUAGAAGCCUGUGUACAAGAUUUACACGACAAAACCUUUGGACAGGGUGGCGUUGUGCAAAUAACAAGCAGUAAUACAUAUCCUGGUCAAAAUUAUGAAGGCUAUACCUCAAGAUACGAAACUCGUAAUUAUGAUAAAUCAAGUGAGUUAGGAGUAAAACCCUUAGAGUCCAGCUUCAAUCAAAUGAGCCUUAAUACCGAGUCCGGUAAAAUCAGUCUCAUUGAUCAGGGAUCCGAACGUUUAACCUCAAUGACUCAACGUGUUAUGGAACGUAAAUCAUACACCACCACCUCAGAAACAAGAACAGAAAAGAAAACCGAAUCACACAGUUUUCGCAUGGACUAAGAGGAAUGGAAAUAAAAUAGUUUAACUUAAAAUAAAUUUUAAAAACAAAAAAAAAAAA